CCGGGUCUUCUGACUUCCGGGUUGUUGUGAAUGGGACCCGGCGAGGAGGACAAUAUCCAUGAGGUGGCUGGGUGAACCGUAUCCUUUUAUUUCCACUGAAUAUUCUCUUCAGCUCCAAACAUGACUAAACGUCCAUCUGAUUUUGCUGACUUGGAGAGAAGUCUCCCAGCUAUUGCCUCCAUCAAUUCAUCUUUCAGCCAAAGCCAGAUCCUUUCUCCGCAGUAUUACUUGCCACCAGAGCAGCGCAGGGCAAUCUCAGAUGUUCGCAGGACCUUUUGUUUAUUUGUCACCUUUGACCUCCUUUUUAUCUCGUUACUGUGGAUUAUUGAACUUAAUACGAAUGACGGAAUUGAGAAGAAUUUAAAGUCGGAAGUCCAGGAUUACAAAUUUAGCACGUCUUUCUUUGACAUAUUUCUUCUGGCUGUGUUUCGAUUUUCCUUCCUUAUCCUUGGCUACGCUUGUCUGCGACUCCGUCACUGGUGGGUCAUAGCGAUCACAACCCUUGUGACCAGCGCCUUCCUCAUUGCAAAGGUUAUCAUGUCCCAGCUCCUGUCAAAGGGAGCAUUUGGCUACGUGUUACCCAUUGUAUCCUUUGUGGUGGCGUGGCUGGAAACCUGGUUUUUAGACUUCAAGGUCCUGACGCAAGAAGCAGAGGAGGAAAGAUGGUAUACAGCUGCCCAGGCUGCAGCUUCCCGGCCUGCACUCCUAUACCCCGGAGCUCUUUCUGAAGGACAAUUUUACUCUCCACCAGAGUCAUUUGCAGGAUCCGAUAAUGAGUUUGAUGAGGAUGAGGAGACAGCUGGAAGAAGGGCUGUAACAGAGCAGGAACGAGAGUAUGUGAGGCAGGGGAAAGAAGCAAUGGAAGUUGUAGAUCAGAUCCUCGGUCAAGAAGCAAACUGGAAGUUUGAGAAGAGCAAUGAAGUUGGUGACGCUGUAUAUGCGUUGGAAAUACCUUUUCAUGGAAAGACGUACAUUCUCAAGGCUCUCAUGCAGUGUCCAGCUGAGAGUGUCUACCAAGAAGUAAUACUUCAGCCCGAGAAGAUGGUCUUGUGGAACAGGACCGUGGCUCUUUGUCAGAUCCUGCAGAGAGUGGACGAUAAUACUUUGGUGUCAUACGAUGUGGCUGCCGCAGCAGCUGCUGGAGUGGUGUCUCCUAGGGAUUUUGUGAAUGUUCGGCGAAUCGAGAGAAGGAAAGAUCGCUAUAUAUCAUCAGGGAUAGCAACAAUGCACCACGCCAGACCUCCACAUACAAAAUAUGUCCGUGGGGAAAAUGGCCCUGGGGGGUUUGUCGUGAUAAAGAACCCCAGAAAUCCAUUGGUCUGUACUUUCAUCUGGAUCCUCAACACAGAUCUAAAGGGUCGACUACCUCGUUACCUUAUUCACCAAAGCUUGGCUGCUACAAUGUUUGAGUUCUGCAGUCACCUGAGGAAAAGAGUGAGAGACCUUCAUGCUGGGGCUUCAUAGACAUUUUUAUGGAAUCUCUGCGUCUGACUGUUGCCAAACUAAUAUUUUCUUACUAAGGCACUGGCUGAAGACUGCAAAUUAAAUUACUGGAUACAGGAAAAUGGCAGGAGGAGGUUCUGCCCACACUCUCUCAAUGCAACCUCCUGAUGUUUACUUCCUCCGAGAUACCUGUACAAUAUAGCCUCUGCCAAUCGAGUAUCUACUGAGGAAAAAAAAGUGUUUUGGCGAUUUAACCGGAGAAUCUUUGGGUCUUCUCAAUGUGCACGAGUGGGGAAGAAUCCGACCUCACUCACCCUUUCAUCGCAGCCCAGCCAGAGUAACAGCGAGUAAUGCUUCACAGACGCAUGGUGGACUGAAUUGCAGAGCUGUCGAUAAUGUGUGCACUGUUUUUUGUUGUUUUAAAGAUGAGACUCUAAUAGCAUAGCUGUGUUGAUAGUUAACCCCCAUGCUGGGCAUGUAGGGUUAAAUCUCCCUUAAUCAUUAUCUAACGAUUUAUGUUGGUUUGAGGAACAUGAGCUAUUCAUGGAUUUCCCAGACAUGUCACAAUUGUAGUUGCUGUGUUCAUGGGUCUGUUGGAUACCCUGUCUGCAGGCAAGAGGGUGCUCAGAACCAGUGUAAAAACGCUGUUUAUUUAGACAAAUUUUUGUUUGUAUUACUAUUAACUCUUCUAAAUCCAAACUCCACAGUUUAGAAGUUAUCUUAACACACUUGUAUUUUCACAUUUCUAGGAUAAAAUCCUUUAAAGUCACAGUUUUUAUUGUGGGGUUGGGGAAACACUUAUUUAGAACUAACCAGUGCCUAGCACCCCUCUACCUGUAUUUUUUUUAGGUUAAUGUUGCUUCCAUCGGACUAAGAAUGCCCAGGAAAGUGGAGCAUUCCUUCCCUGAUCUGAUGAAAGUCAGUAUUCCGGACAGUGACUCUGCUCUCAUGGCAGACUCUGGAUGGUGGAUAAGGGAACAACCCUCAGUGGCAGCCAUUUUGACUUUGUAAUGCCUUUUCGAGAGGACUUUUUUUCCCCCCCCCCAUUUUGUCUAACAAAACUGAAUGCAAAUUUUUUUUUUGGAACUGUAAAAGAGAAAAGCCAACCUCUAUAAAUAAACAAGA